ACGCGACUAAAACUCGACUCCACCACCAGUUCCAGAACCACUAGAUCCAGCACCACCCAAUCCGACCGUCGGCUCGAGGGCCGUAGCUUGAGCCAACGAGGAAGCGGAUCCGGAAUCGGAAACGGUAGCGGAAGCCCGGCUCCGUCUGCGAUAUGAUGGAACGUCUGUCCACGCACCUGUCGCUCACCGGCCUAUCGCUCGCACACCCCUUGCAGUCUCACCUGAGCUCCGUGGGCUCCGGCGGUGGAUCGCACCAUCUUGGACAAUUGGCAGCGGCGGUGCAGCAGCACCACCAACACCACCAACAGCAACAGCAGCAGCAUCAGCAACAAUCGGACCAGGGUCUCAGUCAGGCGCAUCACUUGCACGGCGGACAGUUGUCACUGAACCACCAGCACCACAACCCGCACCAGUCGCCGCACCACCAGCAGCAGCACCAGCACCACCCGUGCAGCAGCAACAGCAGCAACGGUUCCCCAAACGGCUCCAGUGGCUUGGGGCUGCAUCCACACUCGGCUCUCCACCUGGCCCACCACCACUCCCAGCUGCACCAGCACCACCCGUCGGCCGGCCAGCAGCAGCAACAGACGCCGCAGGGUCAGCCAGCCGUCUCCUCCUCCUCGUCCUCCUCAACGGCGGCCUCGCACCACAGUCACUCGCUCACCCAGUCCCAGUCGCUGUCCCACCAGCCCCACACCAACGGGAGCUCACAGCUGGGCGGUGGGGCAGGUGCUGGAGCCGGGGCCUCCAACAGCCACCACAGCGGCGCAGCCACCAGUAGCGUAAUGGCGGCCGCAGCGGCUGCCCACUUGCACCACAACUCCCAGGCAUCGCCCAUCAGCAACCUGCACCAGAAUAUGGGCAGUCUCAUGAACAGUGGCAGCAGCGCCAGUGAUGUCUUCUUUAGUCUAAUGAUCCAGAACACAACGAAAAGACAAAAUGAGGAGCACAUUAAACGUCCAAUGAAUGCUUUUAUGGUCUGGUCCCGCCUACAAAGGCGCAAAAUAGCUCAGGAUAAUCCAAAAAUGCAUAACUCGGAGAUAUCCAAACGACUGGGUGCCGAGUGGAAGUUACUUACCGAGGAGGAGAAGCGACCCUUCAUCGACGAGGCCAAGAGAUUGAGGGCCAUGCACAUGAAGGAGCAUCCGGACUACAAGUAUCGGCCGAGACGCAAGCCCAAGGCCCUGAGACGAGAUGGUUAUCCCUAUCCAAUGCCAUAUCCUUCGGUUCCAGUCGAGGCACUAAGAGCAGGUAUUACCCCCGGCUACUUUGCCCCUGGACCCACUGCCGCCGCCUAUCACCUGGGCAGCCAUCUUGGCCAGACAUCGACGCCGAGCACGACGCAGGCCACCCUCUCCGGACAGAUGGACAAGUUCGCCCUGGAACGGAGCUCGUAUCUGAGCAAUGCGGCAGCAGCGGCGGCGGGCAGCCAGGCGAGUGCCUACAGCGCCUAUCUGGAUCCCAGUGUCCUCACCAAGGCCUACUUCGACUCCAAGAUGUACCAGGACCGGGCCGCCAACUAUGCCUUCGACAUAUCCAAGAUCUAUGGCGCCCAGCAGCAUGCCGCCGCCCACCACCAACAGCAACAACAUCAGCAGCAGCAGCAACAACAGUUGCUACUAGCUGGGGGCGGGGGUGGAGGCAGUGGGGGCGGCGGCGGCGGCAGUGCCAGCUCUCACAACAACAACAGCAGCAGUGGUCUGGACGAGCGGGAUGCCACGCCCCAGCUGGAGACGGGCGGCAGUCUGGUGGUGGAUGCCAAGCCGCACCUCCAUUCCCCCAGCGACGUGGGUCUGGACUACGCCCAGUAUGCCCAGCAGUACGGGCAACUGUCCACGGCAGCGGCAGGAGGCGGGGCAGUAGGCGGCGGUGUGGGUGGCGCCAUCGGGGGCUCGGGAGGCGGUGGCGGUGGGGGUGGAGGCAGUGGCGGGGCUGGUGGAGCAACCGCCGCGGACUUUCGACGACCGCUGACGGUGAUCUUCUGACCACCAUCUUCCAAUGGCAGCGAGGAGUUGAACUUGUCCAUGACCUAGGAAAAUAUUCACAAAAAAGCUCACAAA